AUGUGCUUUGGAAGGUCAGGGGCGAUAUCGGAAGGUGAUAAGAGCCAGAAGAAAUCGCGCAAAGGAGCCAAGAAGAAAACGGGGGGCAAAAAAGAUGCCCACAAGACCAGAUCCAUCCUCGAGGACAUCCCCACCGCCAAAUUACCCGAAAAACCAUUGGACAUCAGUGUUAAGAAGGUCGAUGAGGUAAGCGUUGUACCUUAAGAGCGUUGCUGUCCCAAAUCAUCUAAAAAAUUUCCGCGACGUUUUGCGAAAGUUACCGUCGGUCCCACUUGUCAUUUUUCUUUCUACUCCGGCUUUCGGAAGAGUUGCCUUCUUUCGCAGGGAUCGACUAGUUUCGCGUAAAUAAAAAAGUAAAGUUUGCGUCUUUACCCAGUGCCUAAAGACAUAUUUUAGCAUAGACGAUGUACCAAGUCCGACAAAUGAAAAUGAAAGCGGGGUUUUCGGACAAUCUAGACCUCAAAACUUGCUAUGCAUCUCCGGGGUGGAUGUUGUCAUGCAUGCAGACAGUCUCGCCCAUUUGUUCGCAUUUUUCAAAGAUUUCGAUUCAUUAAGCCAUUUACCCCAGAAAACAAAAGUAAUGCCUUGAAGAGUAUUUGCAACUAUUGCAUUGUCUGUCGUCAAUUUUUUAAUGCUUCCACAAAAAUAAUUUUUUCCGCGCGAAACUGGCAAACUUAUUGGCCAAAAAGUCUUUAUUGGCCGAGAAGUACCUGAAACAAGAUUGGAAGUUCCGGGUGAACCACCCUGUAUAUUCCUUUGGGGGCGAAUUGGAACCGCUUUGCACAAAUCGUUCCUUAUAGCCCACAAAAAUCCGGCCUUAUGAAAAUUAGAAAAGAUAAUGUUCUAGAAACACAGAGCCUUAGCUAUCACUUCCUCCUGCUCGCUUACUUUGUCAGUCAAUUUUGGAACACAAUUGUGCUUUUCUCGAAACCACUUUCUGACUUUGCGGAAAGUGUAUGUUGCUUAAUAUAUGUGUGCCAACAAUUUGUCCAUAGUGGUUUCAAUUCGCCUCAAAAGGGAUAUACUGGAAAUGACGUCGUACAUUCUUACAGGAAGAUACCUUGCACGGCUACGAACAUUCCAUGAGUGAGCGUUUAUUCGAGGCCGAUCCAGAGAAGGAGACCAGCGAGGAGGAAAGGAAAAUGAUAAUGGGUGGGUGGAUAUAAAACUUUGAUAAGGGGCUUACAGAACAGGAUGACGUCAUCUUCAGAUCUUGUAGACAAAUAAGGGGUUACUCAACUUUCCCUAACCCCAUUACUUUCAGGGAGACAGUACUCAAAAGGCGCCGAAAGCAAUGAAUCACGAACCCGGAGUUGA